UAGGAGGUGCAGUUCGAAAGAAAUAAAAUUAGGUUUUUCAGUUUAAAUAAAUUUACUAUAUUUAAAUCAAUAUUAGUAGGUUUUUCUAUUGUUCCCUGCGCGGCAACAUUGCCUUUUCUGGCGUUAGACUUCCGUGGAGACAAAAUAUACAGUAGUCCGACAGUAUUUUAAGCGCUCCCAGCAAUUCAUCAAACAGUUAGUGUGCAUUCUCCUUUCUUCUACUACUUGCCAAUUGAAUUGAAUCCAACACCCUAUUAAAUCAUUUGGCUUAAGUACUCCCUCGAACAAAUGCCUGUGAGAAGGAGUUCAAAUGAAGGUUCUUUUAAAGUUAGUAGAAAACUGAGGGUUAGGACAGGGAACUCAAAAGGCUCUGAGGAUGGAGUCAGAACCCCACGGUCAAGGGAUACUGGUGUUGGUAGAGGCCACAGAAAAGCAAGAGUUGCAACUGAGGGGUCAGAAGGGUCCAGUGGGGGUGUUAGGACUGGAGAGGGCAAGAAGAUAGAGAGUAGAAGGUUGCAAAGCAGAGGAAAUGGCAGUGAUGCUGUUGCGUAUCACAGUGAGGAUGGAAGAUUGAGCGAUGUGCGUGGCAGAGGAAAAAGAGAUUGGAAAACAAGGAGUGGGAACGGGGGGCUUGAACCGUUCGUUGGUGGGAAGUCAGGUCUGAAGAGGAAGAGAAUCAGUGCUGAUCCUAGAUUAGUUGAGCAGGGAACAUUCAAUGGUAAUGAUAGAAAGUUGAAGUCCCAAACUAAAACAAAUGUGCUCAACUCAAGUAUGGAUAAUGGAAAGAGGCUGUCAAGAUGGAAGGAUUAUGAGUCUGCAGACUCUAGUAGAAACCAACGGGUAACAAAGAGUCCUAAAUUCAGUGGAAGUGAAUCACUUGGAAGGGAUUAUGAGUUUAAGGACUCUAGCAGGAACAAGGCAGUGACAGAGAGUGGUAAACUCAGGGGAAGUGAAUCACUUGAUAAGAGAGGGCAGAGCGGUAAGAUGGGACGUGCUGAUAAGCCGAAGUAUGUUAGAGACAAUGGCUUAGGGAAUGUAAAAUCAAAGAUAAGUGGUGACAGGAAAGCACCUUUGGACACACAAAAGGAGUUGAAUCAGAGAAUAAAUGCAGUUAGUUCUGUUGACAAGCGUUACAGUAGAAAGGAUCAGAGAAUGAAGGCCUUGAUUAAUGGUUCGUCUAUAACAGAGGGACCACCUAAGAAGAAAAAACGAGGUAUCCGGAUAGACCCUUAUGAUACAUCCAACAAGAGAUUGGAUGAUAGCGCAUCUGAUAAAGGUACUAAUCAGGUGAAAAUAGAUGAGACAGAAAGCAUUGGUUCUGAAAUGUCAAAGAAUGCUCAAUUUCGUGCCAUCAGUCCUAGCUCCUCCAUCCUUUCCUUCGUACAGGACAAUUUAUUAGGACGCAGGCGCGAAAUUGAUUUUAAGAGGGCGGGCUACAACAUUGAGCUUCCUGCUCCUUUAGACAACUUACCCUUCUCAACAACUCCGGAAAGAGAACGCAUUGAAGUACCAGCAUUUAGAAACAAAUUAGAAUUCUUUGCUGCUGCAAAGAUUUCCUCAUCAUUUCCCCCUCCUGAUCUUCCUGAGAUUGCAUUUGCAGGCCGGUCAAAUGUGGGAAAGUCAUCAUUGCUCAAUGCAUUAACGAGGCAAUGGGGUGUUGUACGGACGUCAGACAAACCAGGCCUCACACAGAGUAUCAAUUUUUUUAAUCUUGGACCAAAGCUAUGUAUGGUGGAUUUGCCUGGAUAUGGUUUUGCUUAUGCUAAAGAAGAGGUGAAGGAAGCAUGGGAGGAACUUGUGAAAGAGUAUGUCAUGACACGUGUUGGUCUAAAGCGAGUAUGCCUUCUUAUAGACACAAAAUGGGGUAUGAAGCCAAGGGAUCUUGAACUUAUUGAUCUGAUGGAAAGGUAUGAGACAAAGUAUCAAAUUGUUUUAACAAAAACUGAUUUAGUUUUUCCAAUUGAUGUGGCACGGAGAGCAAUGCAAAUCGAAGAGAACCUCAAAGCAAAGAAAUCUGCAGUUCAACCCUUGAUGAUGGUAAGCUCGAAAACGGGGGCUGGUAUCCGAAGCUUAAGGACAGUACUAGCUAAUGUUGCCCGGUUUGUGCCACGCUAGAAGGCGCUUUUUGAAAGGUAUUUGCUCAUGCUGGAUUUAGACUUAGUUACCCCCCAUCUAAUUGUGGGUCGAGUUAACAAUUUUUUUUUUAAAAAAUAUGAGAUGCUAUAAUAUUUUUAUAGCCAUAUAGAAGAUGGUAAGUCUUGUAUUUGACGAGGUUGUGAUUUGGAGUUGCGUGAAGAUUUUAAAAUCAAAGAAAAUGAAUGCAUUGAUUCACAAUUCCAACUUAA